UUGCUAGUAUUGCUAAGCAAACGAGAUACAUAACAGCCGCUGGAAAGACGAUUAGGGAUUAAAAUCACGACAUGCUCUGUUUAUAAGUCGUUUGUACUCAGCAUCGCGACUCUCGUCCACGCUUUUUGUUUAUUAUUAUUUUUAAACGGGAGCUUUAACUAUACGGAGUCUAAUGCAGUCGGCUGCGGAGACGAUGGAGAACGCCUCGAUCCUGUCGGGCGCCUCGACGCAGGAAGGCCACCGCCUGUGGAUUGGCAACAUCGACCCUAAAAUCACAGAGUAUCACCUGGUGAAGCUGCUGGAGAAAUUCGGAAAGGUGAAGCAGUUCGAUUUCCUGUUCCACAAGUCCGGACCGAUGGAGGGUCAGCCUCGAGGAUACUGCUUCGUCAACUUCCACACCAAAGAGGAGGCUGAACGGGCCAUCCAGUGUCUCAAUGGGAAGCUGGCGUUGUCCAAGAAACUGGUGGUGCGUUGGGCUCACGCACAGAGAUUUGAACCCUUCAGAGGAGACAAGAACCUUCCUGCCAGCUUGGAGCCGUCGUGCAGCGAGGCAGAAGAGCAGCCCACCUCCCUAAGCAGUGUGAGUGCGAAGAUUAAAGCAAUCGAGGCGAAGCUUCAGAUGAUGGAGGAGAACGUGGAUGAGGAAUACGCAGGUCCGUCUCCGUACCUCUACAACAAACCUCCAGAGAAGAAGGACAAGAGAUCUCAGCCUUACCACAAACAGUUCCGCAGGUUCAGGAGAUGACCUGCUGUCUCUCACACACACACACACACACACACACACACACACACACACACACAGUGUUAGGACUUCUGGUGGAUAAAACACACAUUAACCCUGUGUACUGUCCAGAGCGAAACAUGAGGAGAAAGAUGUUUGUGUGAAAACACUUCUUUCUCUUUUCUCUCUCUCUCUCUCUCUCUCUCUCUCUCUCUCUCUCUCUCUCUCUCUCUCUCUCUCUCUCUCUCUCUCUCAUUUUUUCUC